UCUCAAACGAUGUCACAACACAUACCAUACCCUUCAGCUGUCAUCCUUUACCUGAUUCAUUGUCAAUUCUAGCAUCCCCCAAAGAAACAACCACCAACCAUGGCCGAAGGACACCGCCACCACCACUUCCACCACCAGAAGGAUCCCGCCGUCCCAGAGCCUGAGGUCGAUUACAGGAAGAAGGAGAAGCACCACAAGCACCUCCAGCAACUCGGUGAACUCGGUGCCGUCACUGCCGGCGCUUUUGCCUUGCAUGAGAAGCAUGAGGCCAAGAAGCACCCAGAGCAGGCCCACAGGCACAAGAUAAAGGAGGAAAUAGCCGCUGCUGCCGCCGUAGGGGCCGGUGGGUUCGCCUUUCAUGAGCACCACCAGAAGAAGGCGGCCAAGAAAGAAUAUGAAAAGUCUCAUGGCAAGAAGCACCACCAUCACUUCUAAACCAUGGAGGAUCUCCGCGUCUCUCUCUUCUUACUAUGUGUCUUAUUUAUUUAAUUUCAUUUCUCUAACCAAGUACGCUUCAAGCUCAGAGACCGCCCUCAAUAGUUCCUGUACUUUGCAGAGGGUGGUUCUUGAAUCUUGAAGCUGCUGCUGUGAAUGCUUCCUGAGAGAGUGAGCCUGUGUGUUUGGGCUUUGUCUUGUACCGGUUGUAUCUUGGGUGUCUAAUAAAAUUAUCCUAUGAUGAUCUCA